UGGUGACAUACAACAUUAGGCGUUAGUUGAUGCUUUACGAGACAGAAACGAUUUGCAGUGGAUUUGCUUUGUAGUUUUUACUGUUUGAAGCCCCACUUUAAAAGCAACACUCAUUAGUUAGUUUAUGUUAUUGCACGUGUUUACUAACGCUAGAAAUUUACACUUACCUUAAGAUGUCCUCCACUGGCAGUACAAAAGAUGUUUUACAGCAGGUGAAUCAGUUUUGGUCCAUGCUGGAUGACCUCUCUGAAAAUGACCCUGAAUUCUACCGCAAGUUUAUAGAGAAACAGAUGAAAGACGGAGCUGAAUUCAGCGCACCACCGGAGCUUGACUCUAGUUUGUGCACCGAAAUAGAGGGGCCCACGAAAGGGUCACUGUAUAUCAACAUAUGCAGCUGGAAACGUGUGCCAGCUCCUCAGGAUCCCAGCAGGCCUGUACCUGUGUGCACAGGAAAACUGGAAACAGACACAGAUGAAGGUCAAGGUUGUUACACAGUGUUGGACGUGGCAUUCAACCCGGCAGUGCUAAAAGAAUGUCAAAAAGCCAAAAAUGAAAUCUUUAUGCUAGCCUUGAGUUUCAUACAGCAACAACAUGGAUUGAGAUUAUCUCAGCAGUACAAUGUCAUCAGCUGUUGCCCAAAAAGUUGUCCAGAUGACUUGUAUCGCCGUCUUGGGUUUCAGAAGUGGCCUAACAACUCCAAACAACCAGACACAGUUUCCCUUUCUACAGCCAACCAGACCCCAGCUGCCCUUUUGCAGCAGAUCGCCUCUCUACGCUCAGAGACACAAGACCAGGAGCCAGCGGCACAAAUUAUCCCCAGACCUGCGGAGUACAAAAAGAUGGAUUUGAUCCAGGUCAUCUCCUCCACAUUUGUGCAGCCUCAGAAGCCAGAGUAUCAACUCGGGGUGAAGACUGAUACAGCAGGAGUCCCUCGCAGCUUGGAGCUGACAGUAGAGCUGCCAAAGGUUUCCUCCAUGUCAGAGUGCCAGCUGAGUAUCUCUAAGGAUGAUGUCCUACUGGAAGUGGAGGAUGUCUAUUAUUUACUAUUAGAAUUCCCAAACAUUGUAAAUGAAGACACAGCAUCUGCCAUCUUUAACAAGAAGAAACAAAAUCUUACUUUGAAGGUGGAUGUUUCAGAACCUUAAUGGAGAAACAUGUACACAGAAGUGACGAGACCUGUUGGGAAUGGGCUGAAAAGACUUUCAGACACUGAAAGUACCUAAAAAAGUUCUUGUAAACACACAAUGUAAAAAGUUUUCCUCUAAAGCAAAUAAACCAACACUUUCAGGGGUUUGUAAACUGAUCCUUUCCCCAAAUCUAAAUGCUGUUUUUACUGAAACAAACUUUUCACUGCACUCCUUUGUGCUGUGUGGGUUGUUCUGCACCAGCAAUGUAAUUCCUAACCCAAAAACAUUAAUUUAGUUUAAUGACAAUCAGCAGGGUUUGUUUACUAAUGUGUGGGUGUCAGAGUGGAGGUGCAUAAUGGCUAGGAGCUGGUGUACAGUGUCAUUACGACUCAUACAGGGAGUAAUUGACGACAAAAUGAUGCAUGCAAUAAUUCAUGUUUAUUAAAACAUCAAAAUUGAUGCACAACAACAUCAUCACUAUUUGGCAAUCUGGAACAUGUGAAAAAUGUUUGUAAACACUUUAUUUGAAGGUUUGUCUAUUAUGCACUGAUUACAGCUUUUUAGAGAGCAGUGUAUAACAUGGUAUUUCUGUAAAUUGCAAUGUGUUUCUUUAAUAAAUCAGUUUCAAGUAUUACAAUACUGACCAUCGAUAUGGUAGUCCCAUAAAAUGUACGAGCUGUAAACAAUGUUUAAUAUCCAUUACUUUCAUAAAUUAAAGUGUUACCCAAA